CCAUCCAGUCAUCAAUACCAAAGUGAAAUAUCUACAUACUUUUUUGUGUGAACCAAAUCAACGGAGACCUCCAUAACUACCUGGCCCCUUCCUCUUCCUAAUCUCAUCAAUCACAAAAAUUCCCACACUAAUUAAGCUAGCGAAGUUGAAUCCAACACAAUGCCUGUCGGAGAGGUGAUUCUAGGUGCAGUUCUUCAGGUAAUCUUUGAGAAGCUGGCAUCGGCUGGAAUAAGCCAGUUUCUUAAGUUGGCCAAGAGGAAGAACAAGAAGAUAGAGGCUGAAACCAUACAAAAAUGGGAACAAACCCUUAGAAUGAUUGCAACACUGCUCACUGACGCUGAGCAUCGGCGUCAAACUGAUAAGGGGACUUUUUUGAAGAAAUGGUUUGAAGACCUCGAAGACUUGGCUUACGACUUGGAAGAUAUACUGGACGAGUUUGCCACUGAAGCUCAACUUUUUAUGCUGCAGAAGGAAGCCAAGGAGGAAGAUCAUGAUGUUCACGAUGCUGUCAUCACCGGUUUUUUCGACUCUGCUAAACAUAAGGUUAAAAGCCUUUUAGCUUGUGGUUCUACAGCCGGGCAACAAUUUCAAUAUUCUAAGGAAGACCUUCCAUCAAGAAUUAGAGAGAUCAACAUCCGCUUAGAACGUAUUCACACUCAGGCUAGAGAUUUUGGCCUUAUAGCCAAUAGCAUCAUGCAGCAAGAGACACACCGAACAGAAGCAUCAAAUGCAAGCUGGCGACAGUCCACAUCUUUAGUUUGUGAAAAAAAUAUUUAUGGAAGAGAUGACAAGAGAAACGAGAUUAUUGAGAAGUUGUUGAAGGAUGAGCCCACUUAUGAAAAUGUUGUUGUCAUUCCUAUUGUAGGAAUGGGCGGCGUUGGGAAGACCACUCUUGCUCAAUAUGUAUACAACGAUGAGCAGCAAUUGAAGGGUCACUUUGAUCUCAAGGCAUGGGUGUGUGUAUCAGACGUGUUUGAUGUCAAACAUGUCACAACGGAGAUUUUGAACUCGUUCACCAAUGGUAAGCACAGUUUUAGCAGCUUGAAUCAGGCACAAGAAAACUUGAUGAAGGUGCUGAAAGGCAAAAAAUUCUUAAUCAUUCUUGAUGAUAUUUGGUCUGAGAAAUACAGUGAUUGGAAUGCGCUCCAAACACCUUUCAGACAAGGGUUAAAAGGAAGCAGGAUUAUUGUCACUACAAGAAAAGAUAUCUCUGCAAAGAUGGUGAUUAGUAAUCUAACUCAAAACACCACCAUCUAUCUAAAAGGUCUUUCUGAUGAUGAUUGUUGGUGCAUAUUUCAGCAGCACAUAAAUGAUGAUCCUGACCUUGAUGAGAUGUGGGAUGAUAUUGUAAAGAAGUGCGCAGGAUUGCCUUUGGCUGCAAAAGCUCUAGGAGGUCUCCUCAAAAGUACAGUGGAUAAGCGCCAGUGUCGAAGUAUAUUAGAGAGUAGUAUUUGGAGCGAGAAGAGCGAUAUUUUACCUGUUCUACUCUUGAGUUACCAUAAUUUGUCAUCUAAUUUGAAGCGCAGCUUUGCAUACUGCUCUGUACUUCCUAAAGAUUAUGAAUUCAAUGAGAUGGAAGUCGUCUUGUUGUGGAUGGCUCAGGGCUUUAUACCAGAAGACAAUAGCGAAAAAAUGGAAGAUGUAGGCCAUGACUACUUUUUUGAUCUAGUAUCAAGGUCAUUAUUUGAAGAAUGUUCCCCUUCUUAUUAUUAUGGAGGAAGACCAAGGAAGUUCAUCAUGCAUGACCUUAUCCACGAUUUGGCUCAAUGGGCUGCGGGGGACAUGUGUUGUGUAAUGGGAGCUUUGCAUACACAAACAAAUCCGAAAAGAACUCGCCAUAUAUAUCUUACUGAGAAUGAAUUUGAUGAAAUGUUGGAAAAUAAAUUCUUGAAUCCUCCUCAAUUGCGAACUUUACUUUGUCUUCCACUCCCGAAAUCUGAUUAUUUUGGUGGCCUGAAAAUUGAAAUUCUGGAAUGUGUUCAAAGAUUUACGUAUAUACGUGCAAUGCGUCUAUGUUCUGGAAAAAUUAAAGUGUUGCCAGAGUGUAUUGGUGAUUUGAUACACCUGCGUUAUCUUUUACUCAAUUUACUAAAUGUUGGAGUAUUGCCAAAAUCAAUUAGCAAACUCUGCAACCUCCAAACACUGGACUUGCGAGGUUGUAGAAACCUUAAAAAGGUCCCAAAUGUUAGGUUCCUAGUAAAACUUCGGCAUCUGCACAUUGGAGGGAUUUAUUUACAAGAAAUGCCAUUGGGAAUAGGGAGAUUGAAAAACCUGCAAACGUUGGAAGAAUUUGUCUUAGCAGCUGAGCGUGGGUCCAGGAUACGCGAGCUGAGCAACUUGCUUCAACUCAGUGGCGGAUUAAGCAUCUUUGGAUUAGAAAAUGUGACAAGCGUCGAGGAUGCACAAAAAGCCCAAUUGCAUGAAAAAAAGGGUCUUGAUAAGCUGCAUCUAGAAUGGGAGUCUUGGAGUGAUGAGGUUGAUGACAACACUAAAAUCCAAGUGUUAGAGCACCUGAAUCCUCACACUUCCAUCAAAGAAUGUUUCUUAAGAGGGUACAGGGGCUUGACAUUUCCAACUUGGUUGGGAGAUUCCUCUUUUAGUCUCAUGGUUGAUAUAGAGCUCACGGACUGUAAGGAAUGUGAAAGCCUGCCUCCACUAGGGCGGCUACCCUCGUUGAAGAAUCUUAAGGUUGAAGGCAUGGAUGGUAUUAAGCAGGUAGGGCUGGAAUUUUACGGGAGUCUUGGGUGUUCAAUUUCUUUUCCAGCUCUAGAAACUCUAAGUUUUGACAACUUGGAAUCAUGGGUGAAGUGGGUGCACUUACCAGUUGAAAACUACAAGGCAUUCCCCUGCCUUAAAAAGCUUUCAAUUACAAGUUGUAAAUCUUUACGAGAUGAUCUCCUUCCGAAUUUACCUUCUCUUAAAAAACUCCUUAUUCAAUCUUGUCCAUCUAUUACCGCUAUUAAUCAGAUUCCCUUGACCAUCCAAUCAUUGAAGAUUAAUGAAUGCGAGAAGCUACGUGCUGUACAAUCUAUUGAAUUAGCAUCUUCCUCUUGUAACGACAAGGAGAUUGAAGAAAAAGGAGUAGUAGCAGAAGCAGAAAAUGUUGGUUCUCUAGAGGAUACAGUGAAGCCACAUGGACACUCUGCAAAGGUUGGAUCUCAACUUCCCCAUCUCACCAAAGUGAAAAUAACAGAAUGCCCUAAUCUCAUAUCGUUACUAGAAGGUUUUCUCUUCCCAGCUUUAAAACAGCUUGAAUUUGAAGAUUGCAACAAUAUGGAAGGUCUUCCUAGCCAGAUGCACAAGUGUACCAACCUCCAAACAUUACGCAUUCAAAGAUGUCCAAGAAUCGAUUGCUUUCCUGAAGGGGGUUUACUCAAAAACCUGACACGUCUUGAAAUUGAAGGUGUAAACAUAAAGCAGCCUGUACAAGAAUGGGGGUUGCACAUCCUUAAUUCACUUCAUUAUCUUACCCUUGCAAAUGUAGGCAGGUCCUCAGACUCAGCAGAGUGUAGUUCUAGUCCGUGCUCGGAUCUUCAUCUACCGUCUUCCUUGUCUGAGUUACGCAUCACAAAUUUCCCAAAUUUGAAAUCCAUAUCAUGCGGCAGUACAAGUCCCAACCUCACUCGACUUUGGGUCAUUGAUUGUGCAAAGCUUGAAUCCUUGGUUGGUGACGACUUAACCUUGCUUACUAGUCUAUCACUUAAAAGCUGCCCAACAUUCCUUCACUACAUAUUAGGCGGUCCACCCAUCAUCAGUUCCAACUCUCGUAUUGGUGACUUUACUUUGCUUACUCGUCUAUCAAUUUGGGAUAUGACCAACAUAGACAAGUCGAUACGAGACUGGGGAUUGCAUCUUCUAACUUCUCUUGAAAAUCUUGCACUUCACAAUUUAGGCAGCUCCAUAGAUUCAGUAGAGUGCAUCUCGGGUCCGGAACUUCGUCUUCCCUCUUGCUUGAUGGUCAUAGAUAUCAUGGGUUUCCGAAAUUUGAAAUCCAUAUCAUGUCGUUCCAGCUUUCCCAACCUGUGUUGGUUGUUUAUCCAGUGCUGCCCCAAGUUUGAGUCCUUUGGUGACAAUGACCUUCCUUCAUGGCUUACUGUGUAUAUUUAUGAUUGUGAUUUGAUAGAACAACAUCUAAAAAGCAAUCAUGUACACCGUAUAACUAUAGGCUCGGAAUAUCAUCCUCCUUCCUAUUAAAGUUGGAUCGAUUUUGUCUGCUAGCAAAUUAUGUGAAGUUUUCCCAGACUUGGAUUGGUUUCACAAAGGAAGCAUUUUGUAAUACCUGGUCUUUUCUUACGUUUGCAUCUCCUUCAACAAUUCUUUUUAGCCUUGGUACUAGUCAUUUGAAGAGCUUGUAAUACUAGCAGGUUUUCUGCCAAAGUCAAAAAGCUUAAGACAUCUGCUUUAUAAAUAAGCAUAAGUUAAUAUAUCCUGGACGGUCUAUAUGAUUUAAAUAUGUUGGCCUUAUUGGUGAUGCUACUAGAUCAGCACAAGAGUAUCAUAUGAACAGUCAGCUACGUCUUAGAGCAGCUCACAGUCUUGGUAUCGCGUUUAGGGAAGACGAUUUAGCAAUCAAAGAGUAUGUAAUCAAAUAUGUUGCCUAGAUGAUGCUUCUGCUUGCAGUCUUGGACUUCUACUAUGGGUUUCAAUGUGUCGUUUCAGUUAUAAUUUUUGGGAAUAUAGGAACUGCUGAGAGGCUGUGAGUGGCAAAACAAUCUGGUUCAUUAGAAUCUUGGAGAUUCUUAUUUUGUUGUAAGCACUUCCCUGUGUUGUGCUGCUCGAAUUCAUUUCACAUAUGACCAAGCACUGAUUGCAGGGACUUUGGAUACACUCUAUAUGUGGGUCAUCAAUCAAAGCUCUCGUACUAGACAAUAGUUUUAUGCAUAGAUUGGGAAAAGAAUAGGAUACAAAAGCUUUUACAAGAAUUCAGAAUAAUCCUGAGAUAUUCAUGCCAACUUGAGGAUUCUGUCUUUGGCAAAGCAAUUAUGCAGAAGAUUAUGCUGAUAAGUGAUGACUAUGAAAGACAAUUUAUUUCUACUUCUAAACUUUAUGCAGUGGCUGAUAAAAUUUUCAUGUCACUUAAGAGAAGCUCUGUCAUCUCUGAGUGUUUCAGUUGUUCUCUAUUUCCAUAAAAUUUAUACAUACUCUUAUUUCCAA